AUUAAAUCUAAAAAAUUCUCAAAAAUAUGUUCCAAAUUAAAAGUUUUCCUGGAAGGAGCAAUAAGUAUAUAUCCAUAAAGUGAGCUUGUAAAGUUUGGUCACUGAUAAUUCUAAGUGAAUCGAGAUAAUCAUGCCUGGAAACGAGAAUGGCAUUAGCCCCAAACAGUUUGUGGGCCUCACAGUUCUCAUCCUGGCGAUAUUUCUACUCGUCGCUCUGCCUCAAUGGAUACUGCUGUGCCUCUACGCGACGGAUCACCUGGUGUAUACUCUGCCCUGCUUCUGCAUUGCCUUCCUGCUCCUCACCUGUAUGCACCUGUUUGAAGCCCUCAAGUACACACGCCCAUGGAACUACAUCGUCCUUGCCGUCUGCUACGAGCCGAUGACCAUCGGCGUGGCCAGUUUCCUGAUGGAGUGGGAUAUAACCUUAACUUUCAUUGUCCUGGGUGUGGCCUUUCUUGUCCUUGUGCUGUUCCUUCUGCUCUCCCUCCUGCUCAUCGUGCUGAACAAGUAUCCGAAUCCCUUCAAUCUGGCUGUAGUGGGCGCCAUGUGCUUCGUGCUGGCCUUUUUCUUUGAGGUCGUGGAUGUCGUGAAGGAGUGGUGCUUCUGGAGAGAUCUGGCGGUCACGGUGUUUCUGAUCAGUGUGAUCCUCAUCCUAGUCUCGCACGUCCUUAUCACCGCCGACAACUUUGAGGUGCUGGUAGAGGACGAUGCGAUGAUCGUGGCAUUUGUUCUCUACAUAACCUAUUUGCUUCUCCUGAUCGGUGGUCGAAUAUCCGUAAACUGCAUUCAGCAUAACAGGAAAUAUCACUGGUAAUAAGGAUACUAUUAAAUCUCUA